AGCAAAAUCACGUGAUCGCGCGGGGCCUUCGCGUCCGUUCGUCAUCUCCCCCAUCAAUCUCUCUAUUCAUACUAUUCCCUUGACACCACGGUCUGGCAAUCAUCCACUCUUUUCCCACCAGCUGUGUGGUUCUACAUCUGACCUUUGACACGGCUUAUACCUUUCUUGGAUAUCUUUGCUACUUCCAUUUCAUGCCCUGUCUCUCGCUAGAUCCCUUGGAAUGAAGCCACGCGCCCCCGGCCAUGCCCCUAGACCAGUGCAAGUUCACCCUCGUGCCCGAUAGACCCGGACACAUAGGUACCGCUUCUCCGCCGCCGGAGCUGCGGCGUCCCAUGACGACAAAACAGGCGCGGAAGGCCUUUCUCGAACGAACCCGGGGACCCCGCCUGUCCAGGGCCGAGCAGCGCGAGAGGGAGCGGCGACUCCAAGAAGAGAUCCGACGCGAUCUCAGAGAAAAAGAACGACGAGAGAAAGAAGACAAGGAAAAGGAGAGACAACAGAGGAAGGCCAAGAUCUUGCGCGAGAAGAAGAAGGCGAGGGAGGAUGCAGAACGGGAAGCUAAGCGCAAGGCCGGCGUGCCGAUCGCACCGCCUCGACCAAGCCAGCCCACUCUGGCGGGGUUUUUCAAUGGCAAUGCCACUGUAAAGAGGAGGGCCAGAGACGAAGAAGAUGCACAGCACGAGGAAGUGGCCAUAUGCAAGGAGGCGGAGGGCGAGGAUAAGGAUAAGGAUACCCUGCCGGUGUCCCCGUCCGCGGUGACACGGACCCCCGUGCGAAAUCGUGUCAGGAUUGAAUCGCUACCAACAGAGCGCCGACCGUCCCCUCAGCCACCAUCGCCUAUCAUGAUCUCUGACACCCGCGAGGCCACAAGUGUCGACAAUUGCACACCCUCAGGAAACUGCACCCCACCGGCCACCCCGAAACCGAGUCCAGUGCCAGGGGUCAAAUCACUAGAGAAGCUGUCGCCGAAGCAUAUAUCGCCGAAGCAUACGUCGCCGAAGGCGUUCCCUUUGAAGAAAUCCCCGCCGAAGGAAUUCCCGCCAAAGCAGAAGCAGCCGAUCAGUUUGCGGUCGAGAUCGCCGCCCAGGAAGAAAUCGCGCCUAUCACCUAUACUCGAGGAUUCCGAGGCGUCUGGCCCCGUGAUCGACGAAGACGCUAGGCACCGACCGCCUGCUGUGGUUGACCUCGCCGACAUCGAAGACCUCUUCCCGUCCGGCACGCAACUCCAGCGCGAACUGCUCGCAAAUGAGGAUGAUUCCGGCUUCAGCGAGCCUGAGGCACCGGUGGUUAAACCGAAUCUGGAUAACCCUGUCAAGAUCUCAGUCCCUAUAUAUCAGCACCCCGAAGACGCCAAGCCUUCGACCCGCGCCCCUCGACCUACAGUUAUCGAGGCAGUGUCUAUCGAAAUGAUGCCGUUUUUCUGCACGCAGGACUGCGUGCUUUCUGCUCAAGAUCUUGAGGAAAUUGAGACCCCGACCAGGACCAGACCUACCAUGAAGCCGAGACCAAGCCCUCGAGUUCCGCUAUCCUGUUCCGAUGUGUUCCUGGAACGGCCACAGCACGCCAACCGUAUCCCGCCAAGGAACCAGUCGGCCUACCUACAAAGUGCAGCCAAACACGCAACCAAGCCUCCCGGCCUCAUCAAGCCAUUGGUCUCCACUGUCAUGGGUAACCGCAAGCCGCCAGCUCGCCUACCACCCCGACAGCCCGUAUCACCCCCUUUGCCGUCCUCAGUAACGAAACCAGAGACGUCGACGAAACGGAGGACGACGAUGCCGAUAGAGACAUCUAGGACGCCCUGUAGCCCACUCCUCCCCGCGGAAGAUCUCCGCGCGAUGCAAGAGGCCUCUUGGGACGACGACGAAAACCUGGAGAACCGAGGCCCACAACAUUCCCUGGCUCGGGAGAGUCCACAACUACCGUCGCAGUCGACGAAGCGGGGCCAAGCCGACCCGCUGGGAGACGACAUCAGGGAUAAUUGUGUCUCUUCGCAAGACAUGAGGGCACUAUUCAGCGAGAACUGGGACGAUGAUUUGGUCUAGCUCGCGACCUGC